CAGCCUUCAGACAGGCCUGUUGUGUGAUAUCAGGUCAAAUCAAUAGUUCGCCUAUAAAAAUGAUACCGAAUAGUAACUUAUGUGUUAGUCCUCCAGAAGGCUAUGCAUCUAUCAUGAUAACAUACCGCCUACUGCUAGCUUCCUAUAGCCUCAUUUUGCUCUCAUAAACGCUGUUUUACGUUUGGCUGUCGGCUGCUCUCGGUUCUUCCUCGUGCCUCAUCGGUAUUCCUGGGCAAUCCUCGGCGCGCGCCCCCAGUCCAGCAGCAGCAGCAGCAGCAGCGGCGGCCGCGGCACGCGCAUCUUCGGGGAGAGGAAAGAGCAUCUGCAGAGCUCUAGACGCUUCUGAGAAAUAGCUGGAAUGACGCCAUGAGCUCGCGCCGUGUGUGAUGGAGGAAACGUUUUGGUAGUUGGCGCUGCCGUGGCUGAUGUGGCGUCGCUUGAGGAGCCUCAACACCACCAUGAAGCUGCUGUUUGUGCUCGCGCUCUUAUGGCGCGAGGCGCUGUGCGGAUCUCCGAGCGUCCAGAUCGGUGGUUUAUUCCCCAGGGGUGCAGAUCAGGAAUACAGUGCAUUCAGAGUUGGCAUGUUUCAGUUUGGGAUGGCAGAUUUCAGACUUACUCCACACAUAGAUAACCUGGAGGUGGCCAACAGCUUUGCUGUCACUAACUGCUUUUGUUCCCAGUUCUCUCGAGGUGUCUACGCCAUUUUCGGCUUCUACGACAAGAAGUCUGUAAACACCAUCACAUCUUUCUGCGAGACACUCCAUGUCUCCUUCAUCACGCCGUCUUUCCCCGCAGAAGGGAUGAAUCAGUUUGUUCUCCAGAUGAGGCCGGACAUCAAGGGGCCGCUGGUUUCAUUAGUGGAGUACUACAAAUGGGAAAAGUUUGCCUAUCUCUACGAUAGUGAUAGAGGUCUUUCUACUCUUCAGGUAAUACUGGACACUGCAGCUGAGAAAAAAUGGGUUGUCACAGCGAUAAAUGUAGGAAACCUGAAAGAUGAGAGGAAGGAUGAAGCGUACCGCUCCCUGUUUCAGGACCUGGAGAUCCGUAAGGAGCGACGCAUCAUCCUGGACUGUGAACAAGACAAAGUCAAAGACAUCAUGGAACAGGUGAUCACUAUAGGCAGACAUGUGAAAGGAUACCACUAUAUCAUCGCUAACUUGGGUUUUGUAGAUGGUGACCUCUCUAAAAUCCAGUAUGGAGGUGCGAACGUGUCUGGGUUUCAGAUAGUAGAUUUUGAUGAUCCUGUGGUGGCAAAGUUUGACCAACAAUGGGAGGCCCUGGAAGAGAAGGAGUAUCCUGGAGCUGAUGCACGUAUCAGAUAUACAUCUGCCCUCACCUAUGAUGCUGUGCAUGUGAUGACGGAGGCGUUCCGCUUUCUUCACAAGCAGAGAAUAGACAUGAGUCGUCGUGGCAACAGUGGGGACUGUCUGGCCAAUCCAGCAGUUCCCUGGGCACAGGGGGUGGAAAUUGAACGUGCCCUCAAACAGGUGCGUGUAGAUGGUUUAACAGGGAACAUUCAGUUUGACCAGUAUGGGAAGAGAAUCAACUACUCGGUGACAGUCAUGGAGUUGAAGAACAAUGGACCUGUUAAGAUUGGCUAUUGGAAUGAGGUGGAUAAAAUGGUGGUGACAAAGUCCGACCUUUACCCCAACGACACGAUGGGAAUGGAAAACAAGACAGUCAUCGUCACAACUAUACUGGAAGCCCCCUACGUGAUGAUGAAGAAGAAUUCUGAGCUAUUUCAAGACAAUGACCGUUAUGAAGGUUACUGUGUUGACCUGGCCGCAGAAAUAGCAAAGCACUGUGGUAUACGCUACCAGCUAAGGAUUGUGGGAGAUGGCAAAUACGGAGCAAGAGAUGCAGAAACCAAGAUCUGGAAUGGCAUGGUUGGAGAGCUGGUGUAUGGGAAAGCAGAUAUAGCAGUCGCCCCUCUAACCAUCACUCUUGUCCGUGAAGAGGUGAUAGAUUUCUCCAAACCCUUCAUGUCUUUGGGAAUUUCCAUCAUGAUCAAGAAGCCGCAGAAAUCCAAACCAGGAGUCUUCUCCUUUCUGGACCCACUGGCCUACGAAAUCUGGAUGUGCAUUGUCUUUGCCUAUAUAGGAGUCAGUGUUGUUCUCUUUUUGGUAUCCAGAUUCAGCCCCUAUGAGUGGACUCUAGAGGAACCAGAGGACGGAGCGUUGCCGCUGACAACCGAAUCCACCAAUGAGUUUGGGAUCUUUAACUCCCUUUGGUUCUCUUUGGGGGCUUUCAUGCGGCAGGGUUGUGACAUCUCACCUAGGUCUCUGUCAGGUCGUAUAGUUGGGGGUGUGUGGUGGUUCUUCACUUUGAUCAUCAUCUCAUCAUACACUGCUAACCUGGCUGCCUUCCUGACGGUGGAGAGGAUGGUUUCUCCCAUCGAGAGCGCUGAAGACCUGGCCAAACAGACAGAGAUAGCGUAUGGAACCCUGGACUCUGGAUCCACCAAGGAGUUCUUCAGGCGCUCUAAAAUCGCCUUGUUUGACAAGAUGUGGCAGUACAUGAAAUCAGCAGAGCCUUCCGUCUUCGUCAAGAAAACGUCAGAGGGUGUCCUGCGUGUCAGGAAGUCCAAAGGGAAGUAUGCCUACCUGCUGGAAUCCACGAUGAACGAGUACAUCGAGCAGAGGAAACCUUGUGACACAAUGAAAGUGGGAGGAAACCUGGACUCCAAAGGCUACGGCAUCGCCACACCCAAAGGAUCUCCAUUAAGAAAUGCUGUGAACCUGGCGGUGUUAAAGUUGAACGAGCAGGGGCUGCUGGACAAACUGAAAAACAAGUGGUGGUAUGACAAGGGAGAAUGCGGCAGCGGAGGAGGGGAGAGCAAGGAGAAGACCAGCGCCCUGUCUCUCAGUAACGUAGCAGGAGUCUUCUACAUAUUGGUUGGAGGUCUGGGUCUGGCCAUGAUGGUAGCACUGGUAGAGUUCUGCUACAAGAGCCGUGCUGAGGCCAAAAAAAUGAAGGUGGCAGCCAACACCUUGUCGUCCCCCCAGCACACAGGAAACUACACACACACUUUGUCUUCUCCUCAACAUGCCCCCAACUUCAACCUGCUGUCCCCCAGCCACCAGCCAAACUACGCCACGUAUAAAGAGGGCUACAACGUUUACGGCAUUGAGAGUGUCAAGAUCUAACUCGGAUGAAAUUCACAGAUGCAAUGCGCUCCAAAGCUCGUCUAUCCAUCACAGGAUCGACCGGUGAGAAUGGUCGUGUCCCGGUGGCUUACCUCCGUCCAGGAUUACCCAUGAGCCUCAGCAUGACUGAUCUCUCCUGACCACACCCGAGCCAGUGCCUUACAGCCAAUCAACACACAUCGCCCCUCCCCCUCUGAAAGUGAGUGGAAAUGCUCGUCAUUUCCUUCGGUGACCAAUUACCACUCACCGUGGGUAAACUGCCCUGAUUUGCAUCCCGGAGUUUAGCCAAUCAUAUCUCUCUGAGGAUCUCUAAGACUGGACAUAUGUUGUCCUCCCUCCACUUGGCUGUCAGGCUUUAGCAAAGACCUGCCUAGUGAAUCACUCGACCAUCAGCGAGAACGAUUGCUGCUCAUUUACAAUUCAUGAAAAACAAUCAAGCACAGUGGACAGUUUUCUAAACAAACACACAUCAUUGUUUUGUAGAUUUUUGCCAUGGAGGCUAUAGAAAGUAAGGGCAACAGUGAUGCUGACGUUAACGCAAUAACAACAUUAAUCAGGGAUGGGAUCAGGAAUUGUGAGUAUAAAAGCAGAAUCUUGGUUUAAAUGAGUUUGAGUGCUAUAAACAAAACCUGACAUCCUGAAAAAUUGCAUCCAUGAAAUAAUAGUAAUUGUAAUAGCAAAUAAUGAUGUUUUUGUUCUUAAUUGUUUUCCUUAUUGCUAUCUGAGAAUCCCUAAUAAGUAGAGACUUACCUAACCCAAGAGAUGCAUGGACUGACACACAUAUAUAUACACACACACGCACUAUACACAGGGAUGGGCAAAAACGAGUCAAAGUGUAAGUUGAUACAAAAUAAUCCCAAUUUCUUUAAAAGCCCCCUUGUGUAGGAUUUGAGCAUUUCUGACUUUGACACACAGUGGUCACAUCAAAAAACAUCACCAUAUGCAACCUGUGGACGCUGACAAUAACAACACAUCGACUUCACUAGUUUGACUCUUUUUUUCUACAAAAAGCCAUCACAAACGUUUGAAAGACACUAUGAACACAUUCUUUUACCUUUUUAUGAUAAAUCACUCGUUCUGUAUAUGGACUGAAUUAUCAAACAAAUGCUCAAAAACAUUAACUUUACGAGUAUUCAUACAAAUGUACUACUUUAUUUGAUAAGUUAGCAUUUGGUUAAUGGUGUUACUGCUGUGCUUACGAUAUUAACAGCAUCCUAUUAAUAUGUUUUGUGGUGUUUAAACUUAAGUAUUACUGUAAAUGACUUUGACUCACUAGUCUACAUGUGGCUGUCGUUUAUGCUUAACACUCUUCUACCAUAUGAUAGUCACAUGGCAGAAGGAUAUUAUAGCACUUAUAGGUCGCGUGAAGUCAGUUUUUAUUAUCCAGUGUUAACAGCAUUACAUUGAAAGCUCUAGUGCGUAACUUUUUGAUAGUAAUGAACAUCCGUUACAUUCAAACCAUUGCCAAAUGAGUUGCUACAAAGCUAA